GAAUAUUAAACAAGGCGUGCUUCCCAUCCAUCUAGAGCCAAGCGAGUGAGAAGCUACAGCAACCUUGAAUCGGCAUUGAGCGACAUUGAGCAAAUUCGACCACUCACCUAUAAUAACAACGCAAUUCAAGUUCAACACAGCAGUCCUCAGAAAUGCCAUUACGCAAACAUACCAAACCUCCGCCAAGAUUCACUUUCGUUACCCCAGAGUUUGAAGGAAAUGAGAUAAGAUGGCUGAAGACUCAUUCAGAUGCUGCGAGAAGUCACGCUGCCUAUUGGGGUGGCCCUGCUAAGCGCCAAUGGCAGGCCAACAAAGAGAACGAAGCAGAGAAAGAAGACAACACUCCUGUUCAUGACACUGUCACGGAUAAGGUUCCUCGUCGGCGUAACGAAAAUCUCCAGUUUUACUGCUUCGCCGUCCAGACUAUCCAGCGACGUGGGGCUACCAAGUUAAACAAUACGAAAGCCAUGUCUUCAAAGUCAGAAUAUGAUAUGUCGCGCUACAUUAAGCCCAACUAUUUGAGGUAUCUUCCGUCUGUCAUGGCUGAAAUGAGAGGGUCAGGCGCUUCCUCAGUCAGUCUAACAGCGUCCAAAUUUUAUAGCGAAGACUUCAUAAGACGAUUUGUCAUGGUUGACCAUAAGGACUGCCCCAUAAUACUGAGUAGCUGUCUUUUACUUAGCUACGCUCAUUACAUGGCAUUGACAGGGCAUGGAACGACUACGGUAUUACUGGAACUUAAAAGCCAAGUUAUGCACCGUCUAAGUGCAAAUAUGAGUUUGUCGCAUGGAUUACUCAGUCCCCGAUGCUUAACCGCGAUUGUUGCUCUGGGAGCCCCGAUUGUUUGUUUAGUAUCCAGGGAUAUGCCACAAGGCCUAAGCAUCCGAGAAUACAUUAAUGCAACUUUAGAAGAAGAUUACCUGUGCAAUCAACAAUCCGCUGCUAUUGCACAGCGCUCUCUUGACGAGCAGAUUGUCCACCGACAAGCAUUGAGUAAACUGUUCCUAAAAACGAGCGCUAAUUUUCAAGACGCAGACAGUUUAGCAUUAUUGCAGUAUAUAUCCAAUUAUAUAAACAUGUAUAUGCCUUCUAACAGAGUUUCGAGAUCAAUAGCUCUGGAAGCAAUAGAUCAUUUAUAUACCCCUCUAGAAGAUGUUGAGAAGCUAUUCCCAGCAAUAGGCUCUUGCCAGCAAAAUGCCAUUCCAGAAGAGUGGAUGUCGCCUAUUACUUCUCAGCAGGUCAAGAAGACUCCUGCGACACAUAUCGAGGCCCAGUUGCUACUGCUUACAAGCCUUACAUACCAAUGGCUUUCAACAUUUCUUGAUAAAGACAACGCUGUAUUGGCCCUCACAGAUGAGGUACUCCAUGAGCGGACUGCACUUUGUCAAAGGAUAGAAAGCUUUGAACCAGCGACAGAAAAUGGCAGCAUCCAAUCAGAGGUUAUAUAUGAAUGCUGUCGACGAGUGAGCUUAAUAUUACUGGCUGUCGCAAAAAGAAACAUUCCAAUUCAUGCUGCAGCGAAGCAUGUAGAGAAUAGGCCUAAAAUUACGAAACUUCUUCGUAUGACCGACCUGUCAGGGCUCUGGGGGAACUUCAGAGGACUAUUGUUUUGGGUUGCUGCUACAAUUCAAUUUGCUACGGCGAGACAAUGUUUCCCUUUGCUGUCUACAACGUUGCUUGCACCGUUAGUGCAGGAGCUUUCAAUGUCAACGGCCUGCGCUAAAGCGGCCGUCAAUUCUCUGAAAAGGUUGAAAAGAUUUGAGAGUUUAUGCUGUUGUUUAUAG